AUGUCCCUCGGCGGAAUGGCACUCUUUGCCAUCUUGUUGACCCUGGCCUCACUCGGCCGAGCCAAGCCCUCCUCGACUUGCGAAGCUGUCGGCAACUGCACAGAAGACGUUUCGCAGAUCUGGGGCCAAUACUCGCCCGUCUUCUCAGUCCCCUCCACCAUCGACACUUCCAUCCCGGCGGGCUGCAGUGUGACUUUUGCGCAGGUCUUGUCACGCCAUGGAGCGCGGUUCCCGACGCAAAAGAAGACAGAUGUCUAUCGAGAGAUGAUUGAGCGCAUCCAGAGCAGCGUUGAGGAUUAUGGCAAGGGAUUCGAGUUCCUCAAGGACUACGAGUACAACCUUGGCGCCGACGAUCUCACCCCCUUUGGCGAGCAGCAGAUGGUGGACUCUGGAAAGGCUUUUUUCGAGCGCUACCACAGCCUGGCGUCUGAUUUCGACCCUUUUGUGCGAGCAUCCGGGUCGGAGCGAGUGGUUCUGUCGGCGCAGAGGUUUCUCGAGGGGUACUAUGGAGCUCAGCACCGCGACGCUUCAAACGCAACUAAGGAGAUUCUGGUCAUUCCAGAGAGCGAAGCGUUUAACAACACGCUGAACCACGGAGCGUGCCCUGCUUUUGAAAAGGGUCCGGCAUCCGAGAUUGUGAGCAAGAACCAACAGGUCUGGCUUGGCGUCUUCGGGCCGGCGAUCAACAGGAGGCUCAACAGCAAGCUGCCUGGCGCCAACCUGACCCUGACCGAGACCGUCUACAUGAUGGACCUGUGCCCAUUUAAUGCGGUGGCCAACACGAGUGCGCCCUCGGACUUUUGCAGACUCUUCUCGGCUGACGAGUGGACAAGCUACGACUACUUCCAAUCUCUGGACAAGUGGUAUGGCUAUGGGAGGGGCAAUCCCAUGGGUCCUUCUCAGGGGGUUGGUUUCGGCAACGAGCUGAUUGCCAGACUGACCGGCGAACCUGUGCACGACGCCACCACGACGAAUACGACGCUCGACUCUUCGCCCGAGACGUUUCCCCUUGACGACAAGCUGUAUGCUGACUUUUCUCACGACAACACCAUGUCUUCCAUCUUUGCGGCCCUGGGCCUGUUCAAUUCGACCAUGGACCUGCCGCUCAAGUACAAGCUGUCUCCCAAGAAGCUCCAUGGGUUCUCUGCCUCGUGGGCCGUGCCGUUCGGUGCCCGCAUGUAUCUGGAGAAGAUGCAGUGCAGCGGCUCGAACGAGCAGCUGGUGCGCAUCAUUCUCAACGACCGGGUGGUGCCGAUGCGGACGUGCAACUCGGAUAGACUGGGGCGGUGCAAGCUGGGUGCUUUCAUUGAUAGCCUUACGUUUGUGCGCGGUGGAGGGCUGUGGAAUCAGUGUCCUUUGAAGGCUGAGGGGUGA